GAGUUCCGUUAAAAAAGGGAGAAAGUCAACGGGAAGUGACGUCGUCUACCACUUGCACAUGCGCAGACUGAUCGUGUAUUUUGGCACCAAUCGUCUCGGAGAAGGCAACAGAGCAGUGCGGUCUACGUCUGUGAAGAACAUAUUUUCCCUGAGCAGUAGGUGUAAACCUCCAGGAUGAAGCAGGAGAAUCCACAGCCCCCCCAUAUUAAAAAAGAAGAGGAGGAGCCACAUCUUACCCACAUUAAAGAAGAAGUUGAGGAGCUACAUUGCCCACACAUAAAGGAGGAAGAAGAGGAAUACAGUAUCAGUCAGAAUGGAGAGCAUUUAGAAGGAAUGGAGGUUGAUGUCUCCAAGAUUCCAUUGAAUGUUGUCAUUGUGAAGAUUGAAGAUCAUGAGGUCAAAAGUGAAAGUGGGGAGAAGAGAGAGGUGGAGCCUCCAAGCAGCAGCUCAACUCAACACAUGACAACAGAAGAUAAUGGAGACCACUGUGGAGGAUCACAAGCAGACAAGCUCUUAGCUCCACUAUCAGAUAGUGAUGACAUGACGUCACACUCUCCUGAAACUGAUGAUGAAGACUCUGAAGCUGAUACAACAUGUCACACUGACAACACACACUUUGAAUGUUCUCACUGUGGCAAAACUUUUAAUUACCGUUGUAAUCUGAAAACACACAUGAGAAUACACGCUGGUGAGAAACCUUUUUCCUGUGUAAGCUGUGGUAAAAGUUUUACGCAAAAUCAUCAUUUGAAAACACACAUGAGAAUACACACUGGUGAAAAACCUUUUUCUUGUUCAUUAUGUGGUAAAGGUUUUACACAUAAUCAUCAUUUGACAGGACACAUGAGAACACACACUGGUGAAAAACAUUUUUCCUGUUCAAUCUGUGCUAAAGGUUUUACACACAAUAUUAGUUUGAAAACCCACAUGACAACACACACUGGUGAAGACCCUUUUUCUUGUUCAUUAUGUGGCAAAGGUUUUACACAAAGUCAUAGUUUGAAGGCACACAUGAGAGUACACGCUGGUGAAAAACCUUUUUCUUGUUCAUUUUGUGGUAAAGGUUUUACACAAGUGAACCAUUUGAAAGCACACAUGACAACACACACCGGUGAAAAACAUUUUUCCUGCUCAAUCUGCGCUAAAGGUUUUGUACGAAAAUAUACCUUGAAAAGACACAUGAGAACACACACUGGUGAGGCAGUGUGAGUUGCAGUGGGUGUGAUGAAAGAGUCUCAUAAAAGUACCAGUGUAAGAAAUGUAACACAGUCUUGUCAGUGGGUUUCUACCAUUGAUAGAUUACAUUUUUAAGAUUGGUUUUAUAUAUGUUAGAAGAAUGCAUUAGUUUAUAACUUUGUGUACAUUCAUUUUAAAAAUCAAAUGUUAAUUGAUUGAAAAAGGUGACUGAAGCAUCAGCUUAUUGUGACUGUUUUAUAUGUAUGUCCCUGGGCCUUUAUGCAACAAGCAUUGUAUGCUUCAAAUACAGUUGAGUACAAUAAAU